AUGACCCUCGCACGGAUACUCUUACGCUCAACGCUGCGGUCAAGGAACGGUCACUGCACCGCCACGACAAGACCCCUGCUCGCCUGUUGCAGCAGUAGUCAGUUUCAUUCUUCCGCAUUCCUCGAAAAAGCAUCCGUCGUCGAAUGGGGCUAUGGCUCCAAAGAAAUGAACAUCUUUGAAAGCGACUCUGUCAUCCCCCAGGGAUUGAACAAGACACAAAUUGCAGCAGGCGCCUCGCACAGGUUGAUCGCCCUCUCUGGCGAAAGCGAAUCAGGAGUACUGGGCGAAGGCAUGAACCACAGUGGACAACUUGGCAACGGAACCCGUGGCGAUACCUCUACCUUCAGCGCCAUUGACACCUCAGGGAUGGAUGUCCUCGCUGUUGCCUGUGGACGUGAACAUUCCAUGGUACUCAUGCGACCCCAGGACGAGGAAGCGUUCUAUCUCAGCGAGACUCUGGGCAAUGAAGAAGUGUCAGCAGAUACUGAUUCGGCAGUUCCACCACAGGCAGGAGUGUCAAAGACGCUUUUGUUUGGGUUUGGAAACUCUAUGUAUGGACAGCUGGGGCUGGGCGGGUCUAAGGAUACGCUUGCGAAGGAGUUGGCGGGGCAGCAAGUUGCUGGGUUUGUGUUUGAGCCUUCGCCUACUGCAAUUGAGCUGCCUGACCCGGAGGAGAACGUUGUCCAGGUUCAGUGUGGACUUGAUCAUACCAUCAUCCGAACAAAUCAGGGCAAUUUGUACUCAAUGGGGUGGGGUGCAGAUGGUCAACUGGGUCUGGGACCUGAGUCAAGUUCUGACCGCGCGGUGCCAACAUUAAUUGAGCGUCUGAGCUGGAAGGGCAGGGGCAAGGACCUGGGACACGUCAAGGAGAUCUCUUCUUCAACUGACUUCACAUUGGCGCUUAUGGAGAACCACCAACUUUGGAUCUGGGGCAAUGCAGAGUACGGCCAAUGCAUGGUCAACAAGAAGAUCGAUCGCAUUCUGGAACCGAUGCACAUCCCACACCCAAUCCCCUCUUCAGAAACAAUCGCCUCCGUCGCCGCUGGAGGCACCUUCGGACUCCUCUUGACCCAAUCCGGAAAGGUCUACACCUGUGGAUACGGAGCACUUGGAUUAAGACGCGACAAGAACCAGAUCCUCAUGCCGGAGCAAAUUGCGGGACUUGAGGGCGUCCGCAAGAUUGUUGCCAGUACUGAUUAUGCCGCCGCGAUCACAGAUAAAGGAGAUCUGUAUACUUGGGGAACGGACGGCAAGACAGGGCGGUUGGGUCACGGUGACUUUGAGCACUGCUUCGAGCCAAGGCGGGUCAAGAUGCCUCAAGAAAAGGAUGGUCAUAAAGCCAUCGUUCAUGAUGUUGCCCUUGGACAAGACGGUGCCCUCGCCAUCGUUGAGACAAAGUGA